AUGACGAGUAGUAUAUGCAAUCUUCCAAGAGAUUUGGCAGAAGAGAUCCUCUCUAGGGUUCCGGUGAAAUCUCUUAAAGCAGUACGAUUCACUUGCAAAAGGUGGAACACUCUAUCCAAAGAUGUGAGCUUCAUAAAGAAGUACGUUGGUCAAGCUAAAGAAGAAGCAGCAAAGAAAAAGGAGUUUAUGGUAAUCAAGCCGAUGGAUUUUAGGGUUUAUUUAUUGCACGUCACCCUCCACAACGACGAUAAGUCAUUUAUAAGGUGUGAAGCUAAAUUUACUAGCCAAGAUGAUUCAGAUCAAGUCGAUCUAUAUAGAGUCUUCCACAGUGAUGGUUUGUUGUUAAGCAUCAGCAAAGACUGCACCAAGCUUGUGGCCUGGAACCCUUAUAGCAGAAAUAGUCGUUGGAUCGAGUUUGAGUCUAGUCCCGACCUAAUGGACGUAUAUAUGUAUGCUUUCGGAUACGAGAAGAGCAACAACUCGUGCCACAACUACAAAAUCUUGCGGUUUGUUGAGGAUUAUUGUGGCUUCGAGUGUAAAAUUUAUGACUUUAACUCUGAUUCUUGGAGGGUUCUUGAUAUCACUCCAUAUGAGGAGAUUUAUAUAGAUUAUCAUAGACGUGGUGGCGUGUCUCUCAAGGGAAAUACAUAUUUGUUGUGUCAAUCAGUACUAAGCUCACAUGUUGACCUAGUCUGUUUUGAUUUCACAAGAAAGAAGUUUUGGCUGCCUUUGUCUCUGCCAUUUGAAUAUUCUAAUCUUCCAAGUGCUUUGACUCUUUCUAGUGUUAGAGAAGAGCAGCUUCCGGUUAUGCUUCUGCGAUUUGACACAUUCACGAUGGAGAUAUGGAUUACAACUAGGAUUGAGCCAAGCGCGGUGUCGUGGAACAGUAAAGUCUUCUUAGCAGUGAAUUUGAUACAACUCACUUUCUAUUACUUUUGUUUUGAGGGUACGAGUUUCUUCAUUGAUGAGGAGAAGAACUUUGCAGUGGUUUUCGAUAACAAGAAUGUAGCUUACAUUUUUGGAGUGGAUGGAACCUUGAAAAAAGAGCAUUUCGGAUUAUCUAAAAAACUUUGUUAUACACAUGCGUGCUCUUAUGUUCCAAGUUUAGUACAACUUUAG